AUGCCUCGUGCUCCAAAGCGACGGCGCUACACGCUUGAGGAAGGCAGUCAGGCCCAGAUUCCCAUAGUUGUCGAUGAAGAUGCUUCCUCAUCUUCCUCCACCUGCUCCUCCUCUUUUCCCUCCUCUUUCCCCUCCUCCUCCUCCUCCUCCUCCUCCUCCUCUUGCUUUCCUCUGAUUUCAAGCACCCCUGAGGAGGUGUUUGUUGUUACUAAGACCCCAAGUCCUUCACAGAGCCCUCAGAGUACCUCCCCUUCCCCAAUGGCUGUUGCCUCUUCUCCAUUAAGCGAACCCGACGAUGGCUCUAGCAGCCAAAAAGAGGAAGGUCUGAGCACCUCGCAGGCACUGCCAGGUGCUGAGUCAUUUCCCAGAAGUGCGAUUGAUAACAAGGUGGCUGAUCUGGUGGAGUUUCUGCUCCUGAAGUAUCGCAAAAAGGAGCCGACCACAAAGGCAGAAAUGCUGAGUAUCGUCUUCAAAGAUGACCAGGACCACUUCCCUGUGAUCUUCAAUGAAGCUUCUGAGUGCAUGCAGCUGGUCUUUGGUGUUGAUGUAAAGGAAGUGGAUCCCAGCAACAAGUCUUAUGUCUUGGUCACCACCCUCGGUCUCACCUAUGAUGGGAUGCUGAGUGAUGAGCAGAGCAUGCCCAAGACGGGCAUUCUGAUACUUAUCCUGAGCAUAAUCUUCAUGGAGGGCAACUCUACCCCUGAGGAGGAGGUGUGGAAAGCACUGAGUAUGAUGGGGGUGUAUGCUGGGAGGGAGCACUUCAUCUAUGGGGAGCCCAGGGAGCUCAUCACCAAAGUGUGGGUGCAGGAGGGGUACCUGGAGUACCGGCAGGUGCCCAACAGUGAUCCUGUGUGCUACGAGUUCCUGUGGGGUCCCCGGGCCCAUGCGGAGACCAGCAAGAUGAGUCUCCUGGUGUUUUUGGCCAAUAUCAAUGGGAGUGACCCUAGAUCCUUCCCACUGUGGUAUGAAGAGGCUUUGAGAGAUCAGGAAGAGAGAGCCCAGGCUAGAAUUGCCACCACAGAUAAUACUGCCAUGGCCAGUGCAAGUUCUAGUGCCAUGUCCAGCAGCUUCUCCUGCCCUGAGUGA